AUGUUUGACGGAGCCAAGUCUCCCAAAGAUAAAUACCAAUCCGAACGUACUAUCCGCGUUGACGCCAUGCCUCCUCCUUAUCGAUCUACAUACGUUGUCGAACCAACUCUUGUACCUGUUAAUUCCUACCGCGAAAGCAUGUACUAUGCUCAAGAAAGAGAACGCGAGCGAGAGCGAGAACGCGAGAGAGUACUAGACUUUGAGCGGGAGAGAGAAAGAGAUAGGGAAAGAGGUCGAAGACCGAGUUGUUCAGAUCUCUUUCAUAAUAUCGAUGUGAUACAACGUCUAGGCGAAAGAUUCAAGGGGUUAAAUACGACCUUUUCACCACCGGCGCCCUCGGUCGCCCAUUCGAACUCAAGCGCAGCCUGUCAUACUUCUUCAAGUGCUGGUAAUAGUAACACACAUGCUCGAACCCAACCCCAAAUCCAAACUCAAACAAACGAGAGUUUUGCGAACACGGCGAUAUUGGCGGCGAGGAUUAAAGAGCUAGAAAAGGAGAAAGAGUUAGCGAGGGAAAAAGAAAUCGAAAAGCUGAGCGGUGGAUUGAAUAGUGUUCGGGGAGAUAUUAAGGGGCUGCAGAUGAAAUCUGAGAGAGAAGAAGGGAGAAGAGAAGGUAGAAUAGAGGGGAUGGGUAUCAAUAUUUUGGGUACUGGGAAUUUACCUCCAUUUGGCGAGACCUGGAUCAACACGAAUGGAGAAAUCAACCAUUUCUCGCCAUCUCGCGGCCAAGAUCUAGAAGUCGAGACAUCGAGACGAAGAAAUGAGACGGAACAACAGAAUACACGGGGUAAAGUGGAUGAGGAAGCUAUUUUUCGCAGGAUAGAUGAUAAGUUUGCGGAGGGAAGGAUUGAUCGGUUGUCGGAUGCGGAGAGAGAGUUUGGAGAGCGACAGCGGGAGAUGGUUGCGGUGAUGGGGAGAGGAAGGGAUAAUGAGAGUGCGGUUAGGAUGAAUAGGUUUGAGGAUAGAGUUGAGGGGCGGGUGGAAAGAGUUGAGGAUCGGGUUGAGAGGAUUGUGGAGAGGGAGAUGGGGAGGGGAAGAGUAUUUGGCGAGGGCAUUAGAGAUAGAGAUAGGGAAAGAGAUAGGGAAAGAAGAGAUAGAAGUGAGGUUGGGAGAGAAAGAUAUGCAAGACCUAGAAUUAUGAGAGAAAGGGAGAGGGAGAGAGAUUGGGAGUAUGGAUAUGAGAAUAGAGCGGUACCUGGGGGGCCGAGAUAUCGGGGGUAUAUUUAG